AUGCGUCUCCAGGAGAGUGUUUUUGCAGCUUUCGCCGCGGCGGCCAGUGCCACCUCUCUCGCCGAUGUGUGCACCGUGUCCAAUGUCAAGUCUGCAUUGCCUUCCAAUGGCACCAUUUUGGGCAUCAAUGUGCUGCCUUCGCUCUCUACUGCUAAGACGGUCUACAAUUAUAGCAGCGGCGGUGGCAUGAUGGGUGCCACCGCCACCGCCAGCAGCCAGACUUACAAUUUCUGCAAUGUGACAAUCACAUAUACUCACCCUGGCAAGGGCGAUACUGUAGUUGUCGAGUAUGCCUUCCCCGAACCUUCCGACUACAAGAAACGUUUUUAUGUUGCUGGCGGUGGGGGCUACUCUCUGUCUACCGAUGCUACCAGUGGUCUUGAGUAUGGCGCCGCCGGGGGUGCCACCUCGGCCGGCUACGGCGCCCUAGAUGGCGUCAGCUACGACGAGGUGGUCCUUUACGGCAAUGGUUCCAUUAAUUGGGAUGCCACCUACAUGUUCGGCUACCAGGCUCUUGGUGAAAUGACCAAGCUCGGCAAGUACGUCACCAAGGGUUUCUACGGCCAGUCGUCGAGCUCCAAGCUGUACACCUACUUCGAGGGAUGCUCCGACGGUGGUCGCGAGGGUAUGAGCCAGAUCCAGCGCUACGGUGACGAGUACGACGGAGCGAUCAUCGGUGCCCCGGCUUUCCGAUACGGCCAGCAGCAGGUCAACCACGUCUUUUCGUCUGCUGUCGAGAAGACCCUAGACUACUACCCGCCUCCUUGCGCCCUAGACAAAAUUAUCAACACGACUAUUGCUGCUUGUGACCCUCUUGACGGCCGUACCGACGGUGUCAUCUCCCGCAGUGACCUUUGCAUGCUCCACUUUAACCUGUCCUCGAUUAUUGGCGAGAAGUACCACUGCGCUGCUGUGACCAGCACCUCCCUUGGGUUUGGCUUUAGCAAGCGUGCUGGCGAGGGUAGCAGCACUAGCUACCAGCCCGCCCAAAGCGGCGCCGUCUCUGCGCAGGAUGUCGCCGUCGCCCAGGCCAUCUACGACGGCCUACACAACAGCAAGGGCGAGCGUGCCUACCUAUCGUGGCAGAUCGGUGCUGAGUUAUCCGACGCCGAGACCGAGUGGAACAACAACACCAAGAAGUGGGAGCUAGACAUCCCCUCCACCGGCGGCGAGUUCGUCACCAAGUUCGUCGAGCUGGUCAACCUCGACAACCUCUCUAACCUGAAUGGCGUCACCUACGACACCAUCGUCGAAUGGAUGAACACUGCCAUGGUCCGCUACCUGGACUCCUUGCAGACCACCCUCCCGGACCUGACCCCCUUUCAACAGUCUGGCGGCAAGCUCCUGCACUAUCACGGCGAAUCCGACCCCAGCGUGCCCACCGCCUCAUCAGUUCACUACUGGCAGUCAGUCCGCUCCAUCAUGUACCCCAGUCUCUCUGAUAAGCAGAGCCUCGACAAACUCCAGGGCUGGUACCAGCUCUACCUGAUCCCCGGUGCUGCCCACUGUGGAACAAACACCCUGCAGCCGGGCCCUUAUCCUGAGGACAACAUGCAGAUCAUGAUCAACUGGGUUGAGAACGGUGUCAAGCCCUCUCGUCUGAAUUCCACUGUCGCUGCUGGCAAAUAUGAGGGCGAGACCCAGAUGCUGUGCCAGUGGCCUUCGCGCCCUCUGUGGAAGAGCAACUCCACCUUCGACUGUGUAUAUGACAAGGCCUCAUACGAGAGCUGGACCUAUGAGUUCCCGGCUUUCAAGCUUCCUGUGUACUAA